UGUUCCCAAUAAUGGCUGCUUCACUCCCUUUCUCCCUUUCCUUCUCCUUCACCUUCCUCAACUCUUUUAUCCUGUUUCCUCUUUCUCUUUUGCUGAUUGCUUCAUAAUUUAAUCCUUGGAACUCCUAAUUUUGUUUUUAUUCACUACGAUUUCCAAAUUGUCGCUUCUUUUGGCUUUUCUGUUUAUUUGCUUCUUCAUGCCUCCCACGUAUUUCCCUCUCCGUUGGGAGAGCACCGGCGACCAGUGGUGGUACGCUUCUCCGAUCGAUUGGGCUGCUGCUAAUGGCCACUACGAUUUGGUUCGGCAGCUUCUUCGAAUCGACGGUAACCAUCUCAUCAAACUCACAUCUCUCCGCCGGAUUCGUCGUCUCGAGAUGGUUUGGGACGACGAAGAACAGUUUCACGAUGUCGCAAAAUGCCGCUCUGAUGUUUCUCGAAAACUACUAAUGGAGUCCGAAUCGAAACAGGGGAAAAACUCUUUAAUCCGGGCUGGUUACGGCGGAUGGCUGAUUUACACUGCCGCUUCCGCUGGCGAUUUGGCGUUCGUUCAAGAACUUCUCGUCAGAAAUCCUUUGCUUGUUUUCGGAGAGGGAGAAUAUGGGGUCACUGAUAUUCUCUACGCCGCCGCCCGUAGUAAAAACUCUGAGGUAUUUCGAAUUCUGUAUGAUUUUGCUGUCUCGCCGAGAUUCUCGACGAGGAGACAAGGAGGUUUGGAGGAGCACAUAAGAGAGAUUCCAGCGGCUUACAAAUGGGAAAUGAUGAACAGGGGUGUUCAUGCCGCUGCUAGAGGAAGUAACUUGAAGAUUUUGAAGGACCUUCUUGCAGAUUGCUCCGACGUGUUGGCUUGCAGAGAUGCCCAAGGUUCCACCAUUUUACAUGCAGCUGCUGGAAGAGGACAAGUUGAGGUGGUUGAAUACCUUGUUCAAACAUUCCCUAUCAUCAAUUCCGUGGAUCAUCAGGGAAAUACAGCAUUACAUAUAGCUGCUUCUAGGGGACAACUGGCUGCAGUUGAAGCUCUUAUUGCUGCGUCUCCCUCAUCCAUCUCUUUAAGAAACAACGCGGGUGAAACCUUCUUGCAUAAAGCCAUAUCUGGCUUCCAAACUCCUGCUUUUCGUCGACUCGACCGACAAAUCGAUCUUCUGAAGAAUGUGAUUUGUGGUAAAGUUCUUAACAUGGAUGACAUUAUCAAUGCCAGAAACAAUGAUGGAAGGACUGCUCUUCACAUGGCUGCCACUGGGAAUGUCCACUCUGAUCUUGUUCAGCUUUUGAUGACUGCUCGGUCGAUUGAUUUGAACGUUCGAGACUUCGAUGGCAUGACGCCGCUUGAUUAUCUUAAGCAAAAUACACAUUCUGCAUCAGCAGACAUGUUAAUAAGACAGCUGAUUUCUGCUGGAGGAAUCUUUGGUUGUCAUGACUACAAUACCAGAAAGGCCAUAGCCUCACAAUUGAAGCUGCAGGGAAUUGGAAGCAGUCCUGGGACAUCAUUUCGAGUUUCGGACAAUGAAAUAUUGUUGUAUACUGGCAUUGAGCAUGCUUCAGAUACCAUACCUGAUCAUGGCAGUGCAGGAAUGAGCUCGUCUUCGGUCGGGUUGAGUCCAUACGAUUCAACCAACGAGAACCGAAACAGGUCGAAUCGAAACUCGUCAUCAACUGUUAAGAAAUCUGGUUCUGUAAACUCUGCAGCACAGCGAUUGAAAAGUGUGUUUCAUUGGCCUCGAAUCAAAGAUAAGAAGAAAAAAGAGAAUUCUAAGAAGCAAAUUGAUGAAGGGUUCAUUGAAGAAUCACACAAGAAAUACAGCAGUUCAGAUGAAACUCUAACCCCUUUGAGGCAAAGGUUCUUCAAGCCAUUGGCUCUUCCCAACAACAAGCGGACACUUUCAGUGAGGAGCAAUCAAUCAAGCCCAUCUACUAAGAAGAAACACGCCACUGGUCUAAUGCGUGGUGUCACUCAGGGCAUGCCACACAUAGCCAUUCCCGCCAUUCCCCAUCGAUCCCGCUCGAGCUCCUUUUCAAAAUCAUCGCUUUCUUCACCAAAUUCAGCAGAGAAACAGAAAGGCAUUUGUUUUGACAGUGAUGGUGCAGGGCCUUCUUCUUCUUCAAACCAAGCCAUCGACAGCGAAACACGGAAUAAUCUUGGGAAACAAAGCUUGGUCGAUAGGAAGUUGAGGAGCCAGUAUUUCUGUUUUGGUGCAGGAAGCCUAAUUGGGAGAACAACAGUUAGCAAGCAGCAGCAGCAGCAGAGUCAGAGUUACAAGCUCCCAGUGGUUUCAGUGUCGUAGGCACGAAGAAGAGGGACGACAAGCAACACCGUCGUAACGACAUAACGUAGCAGAAGAGUAAGCUCUGCUUAGCCAGUGGCAAGCUGUCUGAGGUAUGUUUCUGUAAAUUGGAACAAAACUUUAACUGAAGUAGCCAUGUGAAUAUGUUGUAGUUUGGAAGCUUGGUUUGUUUGUGAGAGCUGUGAUGAUGUUAAGAUAAUGGAUGAAGGGCGAUGUACAAUUAUAAGCUAGUGGUUUGGAUUAUAUGAUUUCAAUAAUUGAGAGAGAGUUGGCUUGUUCAAGUAACAUGCCAGUCACAGCUCCAGAAAACAUGUGAUUCAGGGCCUUCUCUUUAUAAACAAUUUUGUAUAUUUUGACCUCGUCAUUUAUUGUAUGAUUAGACUUAAAAUAA